AUUUCCGUGGGCUGCCUCGUCUCCUCCACCGAGUCCGGCUGUGGUUCUUGACUUGAUUGCUGCCUGUAUCCUCGCCGCUGCCGUCGUUGCCGUGGCUAGCUUUGCCAGAUCUCGAUCGAGGCCUCCUGUCUGUCGAUCUGUCGAUCUGUCGUCUGUCUGCAAUCAGCCCGCUGAACCUGUCCAUCCCGUCAAGGCACCCGAAUCAUCGCCCUCGCUCACCCAACCUGAAAUCUGCCACCAUGCCGCUCUUGCGACUCACCCCGGCCUUCCUGAGGACAUCCAGCCAUUCACACCGCCUCGCGCACCACCAUAUCCGCAGCAUCGUCGCCUCUUCGACACGGGCGUACUCGGUCCACAACGACGAGGUUGCAAAGCCCACGUCCGUGACAUUCUCCAACCAGUCCAAGCUGCCCCGACUGCCCAUUCCCGAUCUGCAGGAAAGCGCGGCCAAGUACCUCGAGUCAUGCAAGCCGCUGCUGACUCCCGAGGAGUUUGAAUCGACCCAGCAGGCUGUCCAGGACUUCGUCAAGGCCGGAGGACUGGGCGAGACCCUGCAGCAGCGCCUGGUCGAUCUCGACGCCAAAGAGCCGUAUUCGUGGCUUGAGAAGCUCUGGCUCAACAAGGCCUAUCUGGAGUACCGCGAGCCCAGCUUCAUCAACGUCAACUGGUGGACCCAGCUCGCCGAUCAUCCCAAGGCCACCAAGAGAUCGUUCAGCCACCACCCCCCGACCGGCGUCUUCUCGACCUUCCAGAUCGAGCGCGCCGCUGGCCUGAUCACGAACCUGAUCAGCUUCAGCGAGGCUGUCAACAAUGGCCAGAUCGCCCCAGAAUAUGUCAAGAGCCAGCCGCUUUGCAUGAGCCAGUACAAGAACCAGUUCGGCGCUACACGUGUUCCUUCCCCCAACGCCGACACCGUCAUUCUGAACCAUCCUGCCACCGCCAACCACAUCAUCGUCAUGGCCAGCAACCAGAUCUUCAAGAUGGAUGUGCGAAAGGACGACGGCACUCGGCUCUCUCUCCACGAUCUUCAGAGAUCGCUGUACAAGAUCACCGAGCACAGUCUGCAUGACGCUCCCGAGCCUGCCAUUGGGCGGCUGACUGCUGUCGAUCGCGAUACCUGGACACAGACCUACCAGCACCUACUCUCGCUGGACAAGCAGAAUGCCGAGAACAUGAAGAUCAUCCAGGACGCGCUCUUUGUCGUCUGCCUCGAUGACUCGUCCACCGUUGCCAACUUUGACCGAUCCCACCUGCAGUUCUUCCACAACUUUGACGGCUCCAACCGCUGGUUUGACAAGGCUAUCCAGCUGAUCGUCACCAACAACGGCCGUGCCGGCAUCAACGGAGAGCACUCUCCCGCAGAUGCCGUUAUUGCCGGUAAAAUGAUGGACUACAUCGUCCAAAAUGAGCCUGCUGUCGAUCCCGCCUCCGUGGAGCAGUUCGCCGUGCCCUCGGUUCGACGACUGGAGUGGAUCGUGGACGAAAAGGUCACCAAGGCCAUCGAUGAAGCCCUGUUUGCCUCCGAGCACGCCGCCAGAAACAUCGAGAGCUGCAUCCUCCACACCGACGCCUACGGUGCCCGCUAUAUCAAGGAAGUCGCCGGCGCCAGCCCCGAUGCCUAUGUCCAGAUGGCGCUCCAGCUCACAUGGAGACGCCUGCACAACGACCCCACGGCAGUCUACGAGUCGGUCUCGACACGCCAGUUUUUGCACGGCCGCACCGAGACCGCGCGAAGCCUUUCCAAAGAGUCCUGGGACUUUUGCAAGGCCUUUGAUGACGACAAUGUCCUUUACGAGGACAAGACCCAGCUCUUCCGCAAGGCCGUCGCGGCGCAGUCCAAGUAUGUCCGCGAGGCGAGCCAGGGCAAGGGCAUCGACCGCCACUUCCUUGGUCUGAGAAGCAUGAUCACCAAGGAGGAUGCCGAGAACGAAGCCGGCAUGGCCAUUUUCAAGGAUCCGGCGUUCUCCCGAAGCGUCAACUUCCGGCUGUCCUCGAGCAACGUCUCCCCCGGCAAGCACUUUUUCGGUGGCUUCGGGCCGGUGGUGGUCGACGGCUAUGGUGUCAACUACGCCAUCGACACGGACCAGCUCAAGUUUUCGAUUUCGCGCAGCAUUCGCUGCAAGGAGACCUCGGCCUUCAAAUUCCGAGAGACGCUGCAACGAACGCUGACGGAUAUGAUGAUUCUGUUCCCCAAGCGAUCCGAGGUCUGGGGAUACGACUGGAAGGAUAAGCGCAAGCUCGAGCGCAAAGAGAGCGAGUACCUCCGAACGAUGAAGCAGAUCUCGGACGAGUACGAGCACAAGAAGCAGAUCAUUUCCGCCAAGUACGACCGAACGCAGAAAUAAACUCCCCCCGUCUGCCGGGGUGCCAUCCAGUA